AUGACCUACGGCAUCUUUUGGCUCAGCCUUCGACAAGGUCUCCUUCAAGUGUUCCCUCAAGCUCCUCGACAUCGGUGCAGCCUAGCGCGGACCAUGUCCACCAAAGCCGAUAUCCAGAAGAAGCUCCAGGAACUAGGCGAGGCAGUGCCAGAGUCGUGGACGCUCCUGCAGAUGAAGGGUCGUCUCUACGAACUCAAGGAGGAGAUGAAAAGUGGUGCUCUGAAGACUCUGGCCAGCGAGCUCAAGGCGCUCAAGAAGGCGUCAGGCAAGAAGGACAACCUCCGCAACUUCUUCCGCGAGAAUGGCCUGGAGUACGAGGACAACUGGACCAUCCAGAAGAUGUUCAACCACGCCGAGAUGAAGAUCACCCUGAAGUACCCACCAACCGAUUCAGAUGUGGUGGGCUUCGGAAAAUUCGGAGAUAUGACGUAUGCGGCAGUUUUGGAUCACCAUCCUUCGUACUGCCAGUGGAUCCAGAAGACCCAGAAGGAGUCCGAUUCGCCGCAUUGGCGAUUGACUCGCCUGAGCACAUGGCUAACGUCUGUGGAUGCUGCCGAGCUGAUCAGACGACGCCGAGCCCUCGACGAGUUCAUCGCGACCUUCGCUCAACUGUCAAGCGCGGGAACUCGCGAUGUGACCGAGGAGCAUCGCCUUGCGAUGAAGGAGUUGGCCGAUGCGCAGGCCAAGAUUGCGAAGCUCAACCAGGAGAAGGAGGAGCUCGAGCACCAGAUGCUGGAGAGUCGAGCCCCAGGGAAGCAUCGACGGGAGGCCAUCAAACAAUUUGGCGCCGAUGCUUCAAUACGCUGCUCCUUGUAUAACGGUUUUGAUCUUACGGAGAAGCGUGCGUAUGCAGAGGCACAGUAUCGAGGUGGCAUUGAAGUGGCUCAUCACGCGCAGCUUUGUGGUAGUGAGCUUAGGCAAACGGCCUUUUAUACCCCAGUGUUUGCCAAGAAAGUUGUGGAAGCCAUGCGCCGACAGGAGCACUGGAUUGCCCAUUUUGGCCAACCGGAGGUCAUCAGGGGUGACUCAGACGGUGACCUUGUAUUCUAUUGGGGACGUCAGGUUGCAGGGCGCGAGAAGGAACGUGGCUUCUCAAUAGGAAGCUUUGUCGGACCUGCUCGGGUGCUUGCAGUUGAAACUAGGUCGGAUGAAGCCGGCAACUUAAGACCUGGUAGCUGUGUUUGGCUUCACCGUGCGGGACGGUUAAUCAAAGCAGCGCCCGAGCAACUUCGAGCAGCAAGCGAGCGAGAGCAUGCAAUCGAAGAAUUGCGUGGACCGGUUGAAAUCCCCUGGACCAUCAGUUCUUUAGCAACACAUUCCCAUGCCAAGACCUAUGAUGAUAUCACAGGAGAUGUUCCCACGGAUAUGGAGUGGGAGGAAGCUGUCCAAGAACCUGAUGAGGACUCCGCGCUCCAAGCUACGAACACCUCCGCUUCCAGUAGCUCAACUCCGUGUUUUGAGAUCGAGAUCCUCCUUCCGGUUCGUGAAAAGUAUCUUUCCCCGGAAGAGAAAGAACAAUUCAGGCAAGCUAAGGCCAAAGAAGUUCGUAGCUUCCUUCGUGCGCAGUGCUUUGAAAUGGUUCCAAAGGAGAAACAACCUUCCUCUCACGAAGCAGUUGGCAUGCGAUGGGUGCUAACUUGGAAAAAUGCCGAAGAUCCCCAAGACCCCUCUAAGAAAAAGGCAAAGGCUCGUGCCGUUGUCUUAGGCUAUCAGGAUGAUCAGUACGAGUACCGACAGACCUCAUCACCCACAGUUUCCCGUACGGGUAGGCAAGCCUUCCUCCAACUUUGCGCAUGGAGAAAGUUCACCAUCGCCAAGGGGGACGUCACGUCCGCUUUCCUACAGGGAUCUGAACUGGAAGAUGAUUACUGGGUCAUUCCAGAUUUUAGCAUCACACUUGAUCAGAAAGAUUAUGUGAACGAUCUUCAGGUUGUAAAGCUUUCUAGGGAUCGCGAGAAACACCGAGAAGCUCCCAUUACAGAUUGGGAGAGACAUCAGCUCCGAGCAGUCCUAGGAAGCCUCAGCUGGCACACCGGACAAACUGGAUUCCAAUACUCAGCCGAUGUGGGCAUUCUCCUUUCUAGUGUAUGCAACGGUACUGUGGAAGAUAUUGUCAAGACCAACAAGCUUGUUCGGGAUAUCCAGCACAGUCCGGGCAGCCUGAAGAUUCACAGUUUUCGCGAUGCGGAAUGGCUAGAUGCAGUUUGCUGGGCUGACGCAGCUUGGGCAAACCGACCAGAUGGCAAGUCUAGCACUGAAGGGAUUGUUCUGGGUUUUUCUUCCCCCAACUUGGCUAAGGGAGCUUUAGCACCGGUUUCGCUCAUGCUGUGGAGGUCGAGCAAGAUCGACCGCACUUGUAGGUCACCGGCUUGCGCAGAGACGAAGGGUGUUGUCAAUGGCGAAGAUGAUUUGUAUCAUUUGCGUUAUUUGUGGAGUGAAAUAAAUCACCCUGAAACUUUGACUAAGUUGUGGCACCCUGAUAGCAUUGUGGACUUGACCUCAGAGGGCUUAGCAGAACCCCCAUGA